UCAUAGGUGCCUUGAAACAACACCAAGUCUGGCCUGUUCAAACAAAUGUGUUUUCUGUUGGAGGCAUCAUACCAACCCCGUUGGAGUUUAUAUGGAAAGUUGAUCCACCAGAGAUGAUUUUUUCUGAAUGCCUCGAUAAUCAUUAUAAGAUGAUUAAACAAAUGAAAGGUAUACCAGGCAUUAAAGCAGAUAGGUUUCAAGAAGCAUUUAACGUCCGUCAUUGUGCUUUAUCAUUAGUCGGGGAACCCAUAUUAUAUCCACAUAUCAAUGAAUUUGUUAAACUUUUACAUGACAAACAUAUUUCGUCAUUUUUGGUUUGCAACGCGCAACAUCCUUCACGUUUGAGGGCGUUAGAUAAAGUAACACAACUUUAUGUUAGCGUUGAUGCUAGUACAAAAGAAAGUUUAAAAAAGAUCGAUAGACCUUUAUUUAAAGAUUUUUGGGAAAGAUUUUUAGAAUGCUUAGAUAUAUUAAGUCAAAAAGGACAACGAACAGUUUAUCGAUUAACGUUGGUUAAAGAUUAUAAUACUGAAGAGAUUGCUAAUUACGUUGAACUGGUAGGACGUGGUAAACCUGAUUUUAUUGAAGUUAAAGGGGUUACUUAUUGUGGAUAUGGUGGAGCGAGUAAAUUGACAAUGGCUAAUGUUCCGUAUCAUAAUGAAGUAAUCUCCUUUGUAGAUCAACUUAAUCAACAUUUAGGAGAAACUUAUGAAGUAGCAGCAGAACAUUCACACUCAUGUUCAAUACUUAUAGCAAAUACAAAAUUUAAAAUUAAUAAUCAAUGGUAUACUUGGAUUGAUUAUGAUAAAUUUUUUGAAUUACUUGAAUCGGGAGAACAUUUCACUAGUUUAGAUUACGUUGCACCUACUCCUGACUGGGCUUUAUUUGGUUCUCCUGAAGCUGGUUUUAAUCCUGAAGACCAAAGAUUUUAUAGAAAAUCAAAGAAAAAUAAUUCUGUUAAAAAUGGUGGAUGUUAA